CACGAGGCGACCCGAGAGCCGUAGUGCCGAGAUCCAGGGGCUGCCUGCCUGUGUCUGGGAUUCUGCCUUUGGAAUAGCUGUUCACUGGGCUGCCAGGUUCAGUUGAGCUCAGCUCGGCCGUGUGAAAUAUGGGCGACGACAGGCCGUUCGUGUGCGGCGCCCCGGGCUGCGGACAGAGGUUCACAAACGAGGACCACCUGGCGGUUCAUAAACACAAGCAUGAGAUGACAUUGAAAUUCGGCCCCGCUCGCACCGACUCCGUCAUCAUCGCAGAUCAGACUCCGACCCCGACUCGGUUCCUGAAGAACUGUGAGGAGGUGGGACUCUUCAAUGAGCUGGCGAGUGCCCGGAUUUACCCUUUUGCUGCAGUUUUCCCUGCCCUGAGAGGACUCACAAGCGCCGGAGCCCUGGACAUGUCCCUGCCCUCCACUCCCGAGAUCAAGAUCAAGGAGGAGGAGCCGGUGGAGGUGGACUCGUCCCCCCCAGACAGCCCCGUGUCCCACCCACGGUCACCCCAGCACAAGGAGAAGGAGAUCCCCUCCAAGCCUGUCAUCCUCUCCACGCCCACUCCCACCAUCGUGCGCCCCGGCUCGCUGCCCCUGCACCUGGGCUACGACCCCCUGCACCCCACAUUGCCAUCCCCCACCUCUGUCAUCACCCAGGCCCCUCCCUCCAACAGACAGCUGGGGUCUCCCACAGGUUCCCUCCCACUCGUCGUGCAGCUUGCGAACGGCCAGACCGUGCCCGUGCUCCCCGGCCCCCCCGUCCAGAUGCCUUCUGUCAUAUCGCUGGCUCGGCCGAUGUCCAUGGUGCCGAACAUUCCCGGUAUUCCUGGGCCUCCCAUCAACAGCAGCGGGUCCAUUUCCCCGUCAGGACUCCCAGUGCACUCUGAAGCCAAAAUGAGGCUGAAGGCCAGCCUGACGGCCUCCUCCUCGCUCAACGGCAGCAACCUGGUGGUGGGCUCAGCCAGCACGAUGGUGACGGCGCGUCCGGAGCAGAGCCAGAUCCUUGUCCAGCACCCCGACGCCCCUUCCCCGGCUCAGCCACAGGUGUCCCCUGCCCAGCCCACCCCCAGCACGGGCGGGCGCCGCAAGCGCACGGUGGACGAGGAUCCGGACGAGCGCCGGCAGCGGUUCCUGGAGCGGAACCGGGCGGCCGCCUCCCGCUGCCGGCAGAAACGCAAGCUCUGGGUGUCCUCCCUGGAGAAGAAAGCCGAGGAACUCACCACCCAGAACAUCCAGCUGAGCAAUGAAGUGACGCUGCUGAGGAACGAGGUGGCUCAGCUCAAGCAGCUGCUGCUGGCCCACAAGGACUGUCCUGUCACGGCGCUGCAGAAGAAGACACAGGGCUACCUGGAGAGCCCGAAGGAGAGCUCGGAGCCCACGGGCUCCCCCGCGCCCGUCAUCCAGCACAGCUCCGCGUCGGCCGCCCCGAACGGGCUCAGCGUGCGCUCGGCGGCCGAGGCCGUGGCCACCUCGGUGCUGACGCAGAUGGCCGGGCAAAGGACAGAGCUGGGCCUGCCCUCCCACGUCAUCAUGGCCCCACAGUCCCAGUCUGCCGGCAGAUGAUGGCCCGGAGCCGAGCACAGACUGACCAUGGCCCUGGUCCUGCCCAGGGCUGGCCCACGAGGAUUUUCGUUUCUUUUUUUUGGGUUUUUUUUUUUUUUUUUUGUUUUGUUGUUUUGGGUUUUUUUCCGAGUUAAGGGCAGCUCUGGCGCUUUCCCACUGCACAGCCUGUACAGUGCCCUCAGUCCCUCAGCUGGCACUGGGCAGAGCCCCCCCAGCUCCCAGAGCCCCCUCUGAGGAGCCCCCGGAAAGGUGGGCUGGCAGGGAUCCGUCACGGUAACACUAAACCUCCGUGCCUGGGGAUCCCCUCGGCACAGUCCCUGCUCCAAGCCCCCUCUCCCUGCCCCCUGCCUUCAGCAGAGGGGCUCAGGGGGGCUCUGACACUCAGUGCUGCUCCCAGGCAUCUGCUCAUCCCUGCUCCCGCUCCCUGAAACGUUGCACCUUGGCACAGGAGCCUCCUGGAGCUCUGAGCUUGCAGGGAUCGAGGUCGGUCUCCUCACUCCCGAAUUGCAGUGGUGGAUCUUGGACACGACGGGAGUGUGACCGCUGUAAAUGUGGCUGGGAGAAGGGGACACGUGUUCCCGGUCACCGGUGCCGCGCCGGGAGCUGCGGGUGCUCAGGUGCUGCUCCCACGCCGGGUGCUGGGAAAGGUACGGCCUGUCCAGGCAGCCACGGGGCUGCUCCCGUCUUCCCUAUGGCAAACCAGUGCUGGUGGGCAUCCACAGGGACCGGGCACUCUGGGAUUCAGGGAAGGACCCAGCAGGCAGCGACGUGUGAGUCCCCCAAUCCGGCAUCCCGCACACCUGAGCGAACUCAUCCCUCCCUUCCCAGGGAUCGUCUCCCACACACGUGACCUCGAUGACCUUAAUAAUGGUGGCCUUAAAUCGUGGAUUAGUUGCCUGUUCCGAGGGGAGGGAGCAUGGGAUGGUGUCUCUGCCUCUUCCUCACGAUGAUGUUCUGCUCGCGGUGAUGGAGCAUCCGUUGCUUCCCAGCCAGAGCAAACAAAGGAUUCAUGGAGCUUCUAUAGUUCAUGGAGUUCAUAGGGCAGGUUAGGAACGCACCCUCCAUGUUGGGAGACUCUUGGAAUUGGGUCUGUUUUCCUGCCAGGUGGGCCUUGGGCAUGUAUGUGUCCAUGUGUGUCCUUCUGUGCUUCCCGAGGUGCCGAUUGGAGCCAGUAGUUUGGAAAUGGGAAGGGGUUUCACGUGUGUUCAGGCUCUUGGAAGGAAUCUUGUCAUGGUCCAUGGAGCUGCAUCAGCCCUUGGUCUUCCUCCCCUUCCCAGGUUCCUCCUCAGCCAAGCCCUCCUCCCCCUCAGGUCGCACUUUGCCACUUUGGAGCCAAGUUGGUUUGUCCAAGUGAUUUUUGUUUGGCUUCCCCAGACUUGGAAGGUUUCCAGGGACAGCAAAACCCAAAGCAAAGGCUGAGCAGGAAACUUGGGAUCUCAUCACGGACAGGGGAGUCCAGUGGUUUGGGUUUUUCCAUGGAUGGGAUCUGUCUUCUCCCCCUCCCUCUUUCCCAAGUCUUCCUCACCUCUGCGGCCUCACCGACCACUCGUGGCCUGGGGUUGGUUUGUGUUGCUGCUCCUGCACUCCCCCUCUGUUCUCGUGCUCAUCCCAACUCCUGUCUGCGGCUGGGGUCACAUCCAGCCUCUGGUUUGGAUCCCACACAUCCCCCAGACCCGCCUUUCCCUCCUGCAAAGCUGUUCCUGCACAGUCCCUGGGUUCACAGGUGUUUCCAGCAUUCCCAGUCCCAACCCAGGACGUGACCAGGCCAUAGUGGAUCAAGGGUUGGACUUGAUGAUCUCGGAGGUCCCUUCCAACCCAGAUGAUUCUAUGAUUCUAAGGGUUUGGGGCCGGGUGAGGCACAACAGGGGGUCAGGCCUGUUUUGGGGGGAUCAGGACCUAAGACCAAGGGUUUGCAGGAGGUGCAGGUCUCAUCCCAUGGCGUGGAGGGAGUUCUGGUGUCUGGCAACUCCUCCUGGGCCAUUCCAGCACUCAGCUCUGCAGGAAAACCUGUCUCUCCAGGAAAGUGUUGGUGGGAAGGGGAAGGAAUUGAGCUCUGGGCUGGUCCCACCGCUGGUUCCCUGUUUGCUGCGGCGUCUGGGGGGAAGGAGAGACGAAGGGCAGUGGGGGCUUCACUGGCAGGAUCAGGAGUGAGCAAAGGGUGGAGAGGUGGAAAAUCUGGGACAGUGUUUGGAUCAAAGGCAGCAGCUUCCCCAGCCCCUUGUUUUACCCUCAGGGAGUAAAAGUGGCUGGAUUCUGUGUGAUGGGAGAGCCAAGCCUGCAGCCCACAAAGGGCUUUUCCUGCCUCACCACUCCAGGGAAUCCUGGUGGCCCCACUGGGAUGGGGGUGCACGAGCAGCUUCUCUCCCUCUCCCUCCAUGCCCUGGUGCCGUCAGUGCCACCCCAUUCCCACAUCUCCCAUCGCCAGCGCUUUAGUGCCUUGAAAAUUCUGCAAAUCCAGGAAAAGGUGAUUGGAAAGCUCCAAACCUGGGCAGGGACAAGCAGGGAACAAGCAAGGAACAAGGAUUUGGCCAUACCUGGACUUAUUAUUGCUUCAGUCACAGGGUUGGAGCUCCCUGUGCCCGUUUCAGGUGUGUUUUACCUCAAAGGCUGCCCUAGAAGCAGAUCCCAGAGCGGGCUCAGGUCCCGUUUCUCGUGCUGGGAUGGAGUUGGAUGGUGCAAAGCAGGAAUCCACAGGGAUCCAGCCUCAGGAGGAUCCUCUGCUCCCAUCCAGGUGAUGGGUGAUGUCCCAAGAGUCACUUUGGGGCCCAGGGGUGAUGCUCAUCCCUCACUGGGGUCAAUUCCCUCCUCAGGCUGGCAUGGUGCUGGCGAUGGAUGUGCAGGGGGUUGGGGGUUUUUUGGGUGGGAAGUCAGAUUUUCUGUCAGGUUGGUGGUGCUGGAUCCCCCUCUGAGGACAGGUGGGAUGAAAGUGGCUUUUUCUCCUCCUCCUCCUCCUCCUCCUCC